UGAAAUCGGACCUCUAUCUCUACGUGGUGGAAACACUAAACCCUAGCCUCCUCGACACAACAUCUGACGUCGUCAAACCUACCCCCUCUAUCGCCUCUCUUCUAGCUCGCUUCAGUUUUCGGUGUACCUCCGGUAUCACCAUCCUCGGUCACUCAAAUGCUCUUCCUCUUAACCUGGAUGAUUGAGGCCCUGCAACUCUACUUUUCUCUACCCUUGUUUCUCUUCUCAAAACCCCAAUCGCACCUGUGUCUAAUGAAGAUCCAAUGAAGAUCCAACUUUUGAAACCCUAUCUAGCCACUUUCAUUGCCACCCCCUCUCUUGCCCCUCUUCUACCUUCUAUUAUGACGAGAAACCCUAACAGUCUCCACAAUCUUAAUCGUCACCACCAACGAAGAGGUGGGGACAAGGAGAAUGCCAAGCCAUCGAUUUCUGAUUCAUCUAUCUCAUUCAUUCCUCAGUCGUUAUCGACAUUUACAUGGGUAUUGGGAAUACUUGUGGUGCUUAUGUUCAUACCUAUUGUUGAGAAGAAACCACUUACAUGGAGAUUGAUACAGAAAAAGAAGGUCAAACAUUUGGAUUAUGAUAGAGAAUCAAAUCAAUUUCAUGGUCACUUGGUGUAUAAGGUCUCACACAGAGAAAUGAAAAGCUUUGGAAAGGAAAUUAACAAUGCUUUGAUGCCAAAGUCUUUGACCAGGCCAGACUGUGAGGAUCGUUGCUAUCCUCCACCCUCUUGGUUAUUCUACCUGGAAACAACACCUUUAACGAUGAUUUCAGUGGGAUUAGAACUCUUGACCUUUGUUUCCAUUUCCCACAUAUAUCAACUAUUGUAUUUGAAGUUCAAGGCUACCAACUACAAUUUUAUGAGGUGGAUAAUGCUUCAUGGGUUUAUGAUGAAGAUGCAUAAGAGGAGAGUAUCUUUAAUGAUUAUGACAAGUAAGACUACAAUAGUUACAAUUGAUGGUAUUGGACAUAUCUGGACUCAAGUAACCUAUUAA